AUGUCUGCACUCGACGAAAAGACCGAAGAAGCUCUCAUGAAGCUUAACGAGGAAACCGAGAAGGUCAACGAGAAGGUCCAGGCCUAUUCACGCAAGCUUAUGAGACCCACAUGGGAUAAGCGUCGCGAAAUUGUUAAGAACAUUCCUGACUUCUGGCCCACUGCUGUUGGAAACUGUCCUUUGUUCAGCAACAACACCAACGAAGAUGAUUUGGCGGCUGUCAAGAACUUGACUGACUUGAACGUUGAGUAUGAUGAAAAGAACCCCCACUAUCGCAAAGUAACCGCAACCUUUAAGAAGAACGAUGUCUUCAAGAACGAAAAGAUGGUCAAAGAGUUUGUAAUUGGUCCCGAUGAGGAUGAGAUCCUAUCAAAAACCACCAUUGAGUACCAUUCUGGCAAGGAACCUACCAAGAAACGUAAGCACGCUGAGGAAGUUGAAGGUGAGGAAGAUGAAUUGCCUCAGAUGUCCUUCCAUGAAUGGUUUGCCGACGAAGAGAACCGCCCAGGCUUCUUCAUCUCUGAGGAUAUCUUCCCUAAUGCCAUUGACUUCUUCAACGAUGAUGUUAGCGAUGGUGGAGAAUAUGAUGAUGAAGAUGAAGAUGAAGGCGAAUACGACAUUGGUGAAUCAGACUCUGAGGUGGAAGAGGAGAAAGAUACUGCCAAGCAGCACAAGAAGGCCAAGAAAUAA